AUGGAGGAGGUUUUGGAGAGGGAGCGAGACUUCUGCUUGAUCUUCCAUAUAUUCCCUCUUGAGAAGGAAAGAAUUUGGGUUCAGAACAAUUUCAGCCAGUUCAUCACUAAUACGGAUUCGGGAAACCAUGCGGCGUCCAUCAACUCGGUUCAAAAUGGGCUUCUCCUUCAAAGCACCGUACAUGGAUUAUUUGACACCUACUCGAUUUCGGUGAACCCAGAUGAUAAGCUAGCCCGCAAACACGCGCAGGAAAGCUUUUCUGAACCCUUAAUACACCUUAUAGCUGGACUUACGAAUCCUUAUAUUCCUACAGUGCGAGGCACACUGUCUCUACAAGGAAUCGACGGCAAUGUGGGGGAGACGACGUGCAAGAUCAACGCACAAAUGAUUUUUGAUACGGGCGCCGGUUACACCACCGUAGCGGAGGAGCUACUGCCAGAAAGCUUUCGACGCUACCUCCAGGAUCCUAUCCACGAUCCAUAUCGGUCAGCAGAUGGCGUUAUUUGCCAAGUCGAAGCCCAAAUUGCACUCUCGAAUCGGUCUGCGGUCAGCACGUCCAUAGCGUCAAUCACGCCGGCAUCUCGCAUGCCUAAUGGAUUCGUUGGCGUCCUUUUUGGACAAAAUACCUGCAUCAAUCGACUCAACAUUCAGCUGACCCCUAGGAGUGUUCUAAUUGCCAAAGGCGAAGACAUUUCAGACAGCUUCUGGGGGGACAUAACAAUAAGCGAGUAUGUCGACGUAACAGGGGUAAUGAUUCCUCUUUGA